CAGCCAAUAACUACGGGAAUCUUCCCGUAAAAGGCCACGCACUGAUUAUUUAUUGGAAAUCUGCCAACGCGCGCGCGCGUGUGUGUGUGUUUACUGGAAGAACCUCAGAGCUGAGGAGGUGGAGCCUUCGCUCUACUCGUUGACCGCGGUAACACAGCUACCUCCGUUUGCUGGAGAGAGAAAGAGUGAGAGAGAGGGAGAGAGAGAGAGAGAGAGGGGACGCCGACGUCUUUACCGAUACACUCCUCCGUCGGUUAGAAGAGGCAGUCUAUUCAGAGUUAAUGACCAAGUUAAUAAAUGAUUUAACACAUAGACAUUCGGGGACUUUGGAUAUUUUCUCCUUGGAGAGGAACGCUGGACCCCGGUACAGGAACAAUCUCCAAGGUUGUUCCAAGAACCCCUCAACUAACCGACGGUGAAAAUAUGAACCCAUUGACUGCAAUGGCUCCUUGAGGAACUCCAGGUUUCCUCGAGUCAGCCUACUCUCUUAGAAUUAGGGGCUGUCUGCAGUGGGUGGUCUCUCUGAGGUCCUCUUUGGACUGCUCCUCAGUGUCGUCGCUCUGGGAAACGUGUGUGCACCCCCCUCCUCCCCACCUUCCUCACGCCCUCUCCCCCCUCCUCCCUCACGUCAUCGCUCCCUUUCCUCCCCUCCUUCCUCACGCCCUCACCCUUUCCCCACAUCGCAAACCCUCUUCAUCCCUUCUUCUCUCUCUCCCUCCUGCCCCCUACUCUCCCUCGCCCCUCCCUGCUCUGGACCCCCCACCCCUCGGUCAACGAGCCGAGCGUGGGGGUCAGGGCGCCAUGGUAACCCACAGCAGGCGCGACCCCCCCACCAUGAGCAGCAUGACCCCCCCAGAGCCCAGAGGUCAUGGGUCUCGUGUGCACCCCCUGCGCUAUAAACCCUUCAGCUCACAUGCACACUACCAACAGGUGCUGUGUGCGGUGCGUAAGCUACAAGAGAGUGGGUUCUACUGGGGUGCAGUGGGGGGUCGUGAGGCUAGCUCUCUGCUCCGCUCCCAGCCCCCCGGGACCUUCCUGGUUCGAGACUCAUCCGACCACCACUACUUCUUCACACUGUCGGUCCAGACGGCCCGCGGGACCAAGAACCUCCGUAUCCACAGCCAGGGGGGAAGCUUUUACCUGCAACCCGACUCGUGCUGCACACACAUGCCCCCGCGCUUCGACUGUGUGCUCAAACUGAUUGGACACUACAUGGGGAAGGAAGGAAGAGGUGGAGAAGCAGCAGGAGGAGGAGAGGGGGAGGCUGGGGUAAGGGCGGGGGGAGGCACGGCUGCGCCGGAAGGAGAGACUGUGGGGUCGGGGACUGGGAGUGUGUAUCUGAUCCACUCAGGGGGAGAGAAGGUUCCGUUGGAGCUGCGUCGACCCCUCCCCUCCUCCCUGUCCUCCCUCCAACACCUGUGUAGGAGGACCCUGAACGGACACCUCGGGGGCUCGGUCAGCCCCGACACACACCAGCUCCCUCACACACUCAGGAACUUCUUGGAGGAGUACGAUGCCCCCAUCUAACACACACAUACAAACAAAAACACACAUACUCACACAGUUCAGGUUUGUGGUUUCCCCCUCUAACGGUUGAGGAUAGGAUUUGGAAAGGGUAAGCUGUUCCAGAUCGAUGCCACCGCUUUCUUACCAAGGGGAGCCUAAUAUAGGUAACCAUUGAUACGCCUCCGCUCCUGGACAGACCGUUGAUGGGAGUCAAGACGAGACUGGUAGGGUUAAAACUCGUUUCCCUCUCAGCCAGUGACCCAAUCUCCCAGCGGGUGCUGUGAUUGGGUAGUCAAAAAGAUUGAUAGGUCGAUAAUGCAGACCGUGGACCCGCCACACAUGCAUGCAAACACAUACACAGUGCUGUGUGUGGCUUUAGGAGUGUAGCCAGAAGGUUGUUUUGGGUUUGUUGUGCUGCUGUGGCUGAGGUAUAGCUCCUUCUAUUGAUCAACAGAGGCUUUCAUCUCCUCCCUUUUUCUCCUGUUUGACAUGUAGAAUGGGCUCAAUGGACUGCGAGAGGGAGGGAAAGGAAGCGAGAGACAAGGAGAGCAGCGUAAUGAGAGUGUCUGGAGAACAGCAGUAUGUCAAACGAAGGGGCCAAAAGCAGAGUGAAAGUGUUUGUGUGUGUGGUGUCGUACACAUUUCCACUGCUGUAUGCCAACUAGCAUUGCCUCAUAGGAGGGUGUGGGGGAUCAUGGCUGAAGACAGCCACUAGCCUCACAAACAUACACAAGACACCACGUGCGUAUGUACAUACAGCUUACAGUGCUGUGAAAGUAUUUGCCCACUUUCAAAUUGUCUCUACUUUUGCAUAUUUUUGAUACUGAAUGUUAUUAGAUCUUCAACCAAAACCUAAUAUUAAAUACAGGGAACCCGAGUGAACAAAUAACACAAUUAUAUACUUAUUUCAUAAACACAGUUAGGCAACACCCAAUGCCCCUGUGUGUGAAAGUAAUUGCCCCCUUACACUCAAUAACUGAUUGUGCCAUCUUUAGCUGCAAUGACUGCAACCAAAUGCUUCCUGUA